GCCAGUGUCACGCAUCUAUUGUCUCCAUGGCUAAAUUAUUUACUAUGCCCACUUUAUGUUUCAAGUGGGAUUGAAUUAAAUUAAAAUAUGAUCAAAACUGUUAGUCCUCACAAUCGUGAGUGGGCUUCCCCGGCCCCUCAUCACUGCUGUUGUGAAUGGAGCAGGAAGUUCACCAGAAAUCUGCCGAUCACUGGAGAAAUCGGAAGUACGUCACGGACAUAGUGUACAGGAGCCACUGAAAACGACAACGAGCUAGCUAUUGUAUAUUUACCAGUGUUACCCGUUUUGGACAUCCUGGUCUGAUACAGUCAGUGAAGAUGGCAAAGCUUCAGGGGUUGGAUUUUUGGAAGAAAACCCUGAAAGAAGCUUGCUUCGUGGUGGCACCCAUGGUGGAUCAGAGCGAACUGGCAUGGCGUCUACUUAGCCGUCGCCACGGCGCUCACCUCUGUUACACGCCCAUGCUGCAUGCGCAGGUAUUCGUUCGUGAUGCUAAUUACAGGAGAGAAAACCUCUAUAAUGAGGUUUGUGAGGAAGACCGACCACUAAUAACUCAGUUUUGUGCAAAUGAUCCUGAUGUGUUCAUUCAGGCAGCUCUUUUGGCCCAGAACUACUGUGAUGCCAUUGACCUCAACCUGGGUUGUCCUCAGAUGAUCGCUAAAAGGGGGCACUAUGGAGUUUUCCUGCAAGAUGAAUGGGAGCUGUUAAAAAAAAUGGUCAUGUUAGCAAACGAAAAGCUGUCUGUCCCUAUCACGUGUAAGAUCCGUGUGUUUGAGGACAUCGAAAAGACUGUCUGCUAUGCCCAGAUGUUGGAGAAAGCUGGAUGCCAGCUACUCACAGUGCAUGGCAGAACCAAAGACCAGAAAGGAGCAAUGACUGGAAUUGCUAGCUGGGAGCAUGUCAGAGCAGUCCGGAAGGCUGUAAAUAUUCCUGUAUUUGCUAACGGGAACAUUCAGCAUCUGAGUGAUGUGGAGCGCUGCAUUAAGGAGACAGGAGUGCAAGGGGUGAUGAGUGCAGAGGGUAACCUCCAUAACCCAGCACUGUUUGAAGGACGUAGCCCCCCAGUUUGGGAGAUGGCUGAAGAGUACUUUGAAGUGGUGAGGCAGCAUCCCCCAUGCAACCUGUCCUAUGUACGAGCCCAUCUCUUCAAGCUGUGGCACCAUACGCUUCAGAUCCACCAGGACCUGAGGGACGACUUGGCUAAGGUGAAAACUCUUGAGGGUUUGGCUAAUGUUAGUAACCAGCUGAGGCUGCGAUGCCAGGAGGAAAUUGCCAGAGGAAAUGAUACGGCUAAGGAGAGCAGCCUGCCCUUCCCUCACUGGAUCUGCCAGCCAUAUGUCAGACCACCGCCAAAAGAUCUGUCUGGGAAAGGUAACAUCCAGGAUUCACAAGUAAAGACGACAGGGCGCCAAAAGAGAGUACUAGAGAAUACGACUGUGUCACCUCAAAUACUCUCCAAAAAUAAACAGAAGAAAAGAUCCCGCAAUCCCAACAAGAACUUCUGUCCUGAUCAGAAACCCAAGUACAUCAAAUGUGAACAGUGUGGCAACCCAAAGGGAAAUAAGUGCGUCUUCAACCUUUGUCGGGGCUGCUGUAAGAAGAAGUCCUACAAGGAGGUGGCCAACUGUUUAAGCCAUGGACUCAAGUUCAAGACCAAGGCAGAUGCAAGUAAAGCUCAAGAGGAUGUGAGAUAAAGAAAUUGAGAUAAAAACUGCUGCCUUCCACAGUACAAGGAGUACAAGGCAUAGCUUCCACCAUGGACCCUACCACUACCCCGUCUUCCUUCAUAAACCUUGUGGAUAUGCAGAAUUGUUAUACGUUUUGCCUCUUAAACUACCUGUAUUUUCUCAGAUAACAAACACAGUACCAUUAUUAAAAAAAUAUUCAAAAUAGCACUUAAAAGCCAAAUUAUUUAACUUGUGAUGUUCAAAGUGUGUUUUUUGUCACAAUGCCCAGUUAACCAGUGAUGAAAAGUUAAGUCAUAUUCCAGACAGCAAACAUAUCGCACCGAUGUCAGCCCGUCAAAAGGUUCCAUUGUUAUGAUGUUGCCGGGAGAACGUUUGAUAAUUGCUAGUGUGUCCCCAAGACAUCGGCAUUCAAUCUAAAAAUACCACCACACCACAACUACACGAUUAAAGCUGGAGCGCCAGCCAGGGUAGCCUCUUCAUAUGGCCUUAAUUACAGUGCCACCAGAACGCAUUGACACCCCUUCACGUUUUCCAUAUUUUGCUAUGUUACGGACUUAUUUUACAGCUGAUUUGAGUAUAGUUUUCUUUAAAAUAAUCUACAUAAAAUAACACAUAAUGACAAAGUAAAAACAUUUUCAGACAUUUGUGUAAAUUUGUGAAAAAUGUAAACAUUCAAACAUAAUAGGUACAUACAGUAAGUAUUCACACCCUUUGCUAUGACACUCAAACUUAAGCUCAGGUGCAUCUGAUUUCCACUGAUCAUCCUUGUGAUGGUUUUACAACUUGGAGUCCACCUGUGGUAAAUUCAGUUGAUUGAACAUCAUUUAGAAUUGCACACACCUGUCUAUAUAAGGUCUCAUAGUUGGCAGUACAUAUCAGAGCAGAAAAAAAAGCAAUCAAGUCUCAGGAAUUGUCUGCAGACCUCCAAGACCGGAUUGUGUCAAGGCACAAAUCUGGGGAAGGAUACAAAAGAAUUUCAGCAGCAUUGAAGGUCCCAAAAAGCACUGUGGUCUCGAUUAUUCAGAAAUGGAAGAGGUUUGGAACCACCAGGACCCUUCAGAGAUCUGGCCGUCCGACCAAGCUGAGUAACCGGGGAAGAAGAGUCUUGGUCAGAGAGGUGAACAAGAACCCUAUGCUCACUAAGGCGGAGCGCCAUUGUUCCCUUGUGGAGAUAGGAGAACCAUCCAGAAGGUCAACCAUUGGUAACGUACUCCACCAAUCAGGCCUUUAUGGUAGAUUGGCCAGACCGAAGCCCCUUCUCACUAAAAGGCACAUGGCAGCCCGCUUGGAGUUUGCCAAAAGGCACCUUAAGGAUUCACAGACCUACAGAAACAAAAUUAUCUGGUCUGAUAAAACCAAAAUAGAACUUUUUGGCCUGAAUUGCAAGUGUCAUACCUGGAGAAGAAGAGGCACUGCUCAUUACCUGGCUAACAACAUUCCUCCUAUGAAGCAUAGUGGUGGCAGCAUCAUGUUGUGGGGCUGUUUUUCUGCUGCAGGAACUGGGCAACUAGUCCGCAAAGAGGGUAAUAUGACAGCUGCCAAAUAGAGAAAUUCUUCGAGAAGUUUCUCCAGGCUACUCUGCUCAGUUGAGAUUUUCUGUAGUUCUGACAAAGAUGAAAAUGUUCCUCGAUUUCAGCGUAAAAAAACGGUGUUCAGUUGGGUUGAAACAGUACAAAGUGUGUCCUCGUGUGUAUACAAAUCCAACACCCAAAAUGGCGACCACACGAUGUAGGGAGCAAUUUCAAACAAUAGCGGACCUUGUGUUGUGUGUCAUUCUUUGUAUGAGGGUUAAGUUGAUGGCAAGAAGUCUUCAUUUUUUGUCGUUGGUGUCAAACGUUCAAGAUGCAUUACUGCCACCUACUGUGCUGGAGUGUGGCUCACAGUAUGCCUAUACAUAUGUACAGUACUAGGGAGCAAAAUAGAUGAAUUAAAAACCAAAUAAACUUUAAAAUAGAUUUUCUUUAUCAAUCCUGUUUCAUUUAAAAACUGAAACAAGGCUUUGAUCUUGUGUUCAGUACAUUUCUAAGAUUAAAUUGUGUCGCCCCACUUUUCAACUCAUCUCUUAGCCUCCCUCAUACCUUUUGACAAUAACUAUGUUCAACACUCGCCUCCUCUACUCCACAUUCACACAAACCUGUACCAUGUUUCCCAAUUAAAUGCAUUGUCCUAUUUAGCCCUGUAUGUCCUAAUCUUAAUCUUGUUAUAAUUGUUUCUUCCCUUCUGUUUCUACCCACUGCCUUUAUGCCUCCCACCGUCUGCUGUAUUCUAUAGAAAUGCCGUCCUGUGUGAUCUCCAGUUCCAGUUUUUGCCAUUCUGUUUUGAUUGUUUUUAACAUAAGCCUCACCCAUCCCAAAUGAUAUUCCCAACCAUUCUUCUUGUUUAAGUGCUUGUUUUGCAAAAUAAUCAUCUUUUUCAUUCCCCUUUAUUCCCUAUAUGUUCUGGAACCCACAUAAACCUGACGCUCGUCUCUAAUUUACUUAAUCUAUGCAAUAUCUCAUAAAUAUCCAAUCACACAUCUGACCUACUUUGUGAUAUCAUGUUCUUUAAAGACAAUAAUGCUGUUGCUGAAUCUGAACAGACUAUAACCCGCUUUAACCUGUUUUGUUCAAUCAACUGUAGUGCCAUCGUGAUUGCAAGCAAUCCCACUGUAUAUUCUGCUACGUGAUCUGAUGUCCAUUCCUGAAUGUAUAUAUAUAAAUAUGGAGUGACACAUGCAAAUGCUGUUCUUCCAUUAUCUUUUGAACCAUAAAGUAAAAACAUUGGUGUACCAUGCAUGUGUUGUUUUAUAGGUUCUUUAUACUUGCGCAGACGGCGACCG